AUGGCACCAGUUCCACGAUGGCUUCUACCACAUCAUCAACACAUCAUCACAUCCGCCAACACGGUCGAAAAACCUGGCUCUAGUGCCCAUGACGACAAAUCUGUCCGAGUCCGGCAGGAGAGCAUCCAACGCUUUGGUCCACUUUCGGUCACCACCGACCUGGGCCUUGUUGGGCAGCUCGCCUCACUCGCCCCUCAACUAAUUUUUGUGCUCCAAGUCCGACUCUGGUGUCCAGGCGACUGGGCUCCCCUGCCCCCACUUGACCGGCCAACCCGGCCACAAGUCACCCACUUGUCCAAAGGCCUCGGAUCUGGGGCCAAAGUGAGUCCGUCUGAGGUUGGAGCAGGUGGAAAAAGGCUCGUGGUGGCAACAAGCCGACUGCGAGAGGAGAGAGAAAGAGAGCCGCACGACUCUGUUUCAUCUUACACUGACGAUACCGCUCGUCCUGCCUAA